AGAUCUGCAGACGGAGAUACCUUUGGGAAUGCAGGCAAUUUGAUAAUUUCCGACCCUGAUUCCGAUAAUUAUCCGAAAGUUGUCUACCCGGGAGAGGUUGGUCCAGGGGCGGGGUAUGGCAGCCAAAAAUUCCAGCUCCUACAGUCAGCCAUCAGUAAUUGUGCUGUCCCUCUGGUCCACCAACUCAUUCAACAGGAGCCAGGCCUAGUCCGGGAACAGGGUUGGCAUGGGCAAACAGCACUUCACAAAGCAUGCCUAUGUGGAGACUGGUCCGUUACCUACUUGCUGCUGGAGGGAGGUGCAGACCCCAACGCCAAGAAUGAGUUUGAUGAGACCCCCGUGCAUUACUCUUGUAAGAGGGGUUUGGCUCAGAUUGUGCACCUUAUGGUGCAACGCGGAGGAAAUUUGGAGGCUGUGGACAAAAAUGGAAAAUCUGCAGCUCACCAUGCAGCCCAGACUGGGAGUGUGUUUGUCAUGAAGUACCUGGACAUGAAUGGUGUGAACUUCAAUGCAGUGGACAAAAAUCUUCAAACUGCAUUACAUAUAUGUUGUGUUCAUGGGCAUGUAGAUGCCUUCAAGUUUUUAAUCAAAGCUGAGAGAACAACCCUGACCCAGGUAGAUGGGGAUGGGAACACUGUCCUCCAUAUUGCUGCCAGGGAGGGACACCCAUACUUAUGCUGGGAGCUCUUGGUGGUUAUGGGGUGUGGCCCACUGCAUCUAACAAACCGUGAGGGCUUCACUCCAGUAGAGUUAGCAGCGCAAAGAAAUAAAUAUGGCCACAUAGAGAUCACACCCAUUCUUCAAUGGUUGGCAAAAAAGGACAAAAGUUACAUUGUGCGAGGACCAGUUUUCACCUGGUGGUGGCUCCUGUUUAUGCCAGCUGUUCUGUAUUCUGUGAUAGCUCUCACCAGCUAUUAUUUUCUGCCUUCUCACCAGGGGAUGGUAUACAUUGCUGGAAUGAUUGUGCUCAUACUUAGUUUGUUGGGACACAAUCACAGAAUGAAUCAUGUUUGUAGAUGGCCAGAUCCUAUGUUUGCUGGGACAUUCUUUGCUGGAUUGCUCCAUACAGCCAUCUUGCAGAUAUUUUAUCUGAUACCAAAUUACAAUGAGUAUCCAGUUUUCAUUGUCAUGGCUACUCUCCUAGGACUGAAUCUAUUUUAUAUGUAUUACAAAAUCCUAAGAAGUGAUCCAGGAGCUGCUAAAGAAUCAGUACGAGAUCAAGAGAGCGGUAAAUGUAUGACACUUGUCGACUUGUGUGUUCCCCAGAGAAAGGUUGAUCUUUACUGUCCUGUCUGUGAGGUUGUCAGGGCUCCAAGAACAAAACACUGUAGACUGUGUGAACAGUGCUAUGAAAACAUGGACCACCACUGCCUUUUCCUCCUGAUCUGCUUGGCCAAAAAGAACCAUGCCCUCUUCUGCUGGUUCAUCAUCUGUUGUCUGGUUUCCAUGACACUAUUCCUGGUGCACUGUGCCUUGUACAUUUCUAGAGCCUACUCUGAUUUAACUUACAGCAACACCUUUUACACUAUGCUUUGGACAGACUGUUGGGUGCUGAGUUUGAUCGCCAUGAACGCCGCCUCCAUACUGUGGGGCGUGAACCUCCUGAGGUUCCAGUUCUCGGUGGUGUCCCGGGGAAUGACCACUGUGUUCAUGAGUAGAACCAAAACGGCCCUGACUCAACAGGAGAGAAUCGUCAACAUUCUAUACUUCCUGAUGGGAAGGGAGCCUUUUGCUGAGGAUCCGUUAAUUUGCUCACAAAACACACACACUGUCUGAGGGCAUUAUGUUUUUUUGAUCUGUUUUUACAAGCUUUGUCUUUAUUAUGUAAUGUAUGGUAUUGUACAUGUAUGUACUAGUAUAUUUUAUUGUAACCAUGAUCUUGUGUCAUGUAAACUGAGAUCUCUUCUGUAUGAUGUUGUUUGAUAAUAAGAUUAUUUCUCUCACUUUUCUGAUACCCCGGUAAUCUGAUUAUUACAAUCAACAACAAAUGGAUUACAAUCCAAAAGUGAGAAAUCUGCAGGUGUUUCAUAUCUUUUUUUUUAUUUAAAGAAGCCUUUUGCUUUUAUAUGAAUUAGAUAAUAAUUAGAAAGCCCAUGCCAAUAAAUGCUAAUUUUACUUUAAAAUACAUUUGUACAACAAUAUACGGGUUUUGUAGUUAUUCACAAUCAUAUGGCCCUAUUUAUAAGGACAUUGCAUUUAAUUAGCAUAUUAACCCAUUUUAAGAAAGUGUAUUUCUCCAUUGGUUAUUACAUACUUAUAGUAUGGUGCCUUUGUUGUUACUUUACCUGUCAAUCAAUUAUUUAAUGUAAAUUUUUAUUUUAGUUAUGAUAUUUAUUGUUAGAGUAAAUGUUUUUGUCCAAUAUCUACAUUGUAUGACACAAUCUUGUGUAAAAUUUCAGAAUUCCAGAUUUAAAAUUUUUUAUUAUUACAAUAAUAUAUUGUGCUUCAAAAA